ACCUCACGGCGUCAUUCCGGCGUUUGUAGCGUUACUUUGGGCCCGCCAUUUUGAGCAGUUAAUAAGCGGGCAAGGUGGACUACGUACUGUGCACGUGCUAUAAAUAAGUGUAAAAACAAAACGGAAUACUAGAAAGUAGACAUAAUGGUGGCGCAAACGAAGGUGUUCGUUGGAAGUUUGCCUCAGGGCUCGAAACCUGAAGACUUACGGAAAUUAUUUGAGCGGUUCGGAGUUGUGACAGAAUGCGAUAUAAUGAACAGAUGUGGAUUCGUACACAUGCAGACGGAGGACCAGGCCGUCGCCGCUAUACGGGCACUUAAUAACACCACGUUCAAUGGCGGCGUAAUUACAGUUGAACGUGGAAGAAUUAAGGAAAGAGGACAGCGUGGUGGUAUUGGCCGCGGUGGAAUGAGAGGCGGUAUGAGGGGAUCUAUGGAUCGUAGAGGUGGUGGCCCAAUGCGCGGUGGUCCCGGGCUCCGAGACGCUCCCUACCCUCACAUGCGUGAUUCGCGGCCAAUGGGCCCCAUGCGGGGCGCCGAUAUGAGAGGACCUCCCAUGGGCGGUGGCGGUAUGCCCAUGAGGAACGGAAUGGGUGGCGGAGCGCCCUACGACCGGAGCAUGGACAGGCCUCCGAUGGGCGGUGGAUACGAUGACAGGUACAAUGGCUACGGUGGGGAAGACCGCCGGGGCUUCGCCUUGAUGGACGGACGAGGCACACGCGACCAGUACGGAGCUCCCCCACCGAUGUACCCUGAUGAUAGACGCGGAUACGGCGCUCCAGUUGAUGACAUGGCAGCUAUGUACCCUGAUGACAGACGCGCACCCAUGUAUCCGGAUGAAAGGGACAUGAUGGACAGAAGAGCUCCAAUGCGAGGAGGGCCCAUGCCGAUGUCUUCUGGCUAUGACAGAGCACCUCCCCGAGCUGCCCCCAUGGGCAACGGAGACAUGUACAGCCGCAGGACACCCCCUCCAAUGCGUGGAGCUGCUGGGGCCGCUGCUGGCUAUGACCGUGACCCAUACGCCCAACAGUAUCCUCCUAUGGGACGGAUGUGGGCCCCUGGCUGAUUGGCGAUGGUAUAUCCACAGGUUUGAACCCACUCCCAAGUCGACCGGUUACGACGGCGUGUCUCGACGGAGGCGAUUCGUAACCAAGUGCAUAUGAAAAGGUGUAUUGUUUUGAAUAAAUGAUUAGUGACUA